CAUCACCUCGGAAUACUCCGGUGACGGUGGGCAGCGCCCGCCUCCAGCCGCAGCGGCUAUAAAUAAAAGGCUCCCAGCCAGAAGGCAGGAGAAGUUUCUAGGCCCGCGUCCCAGGGUUUAUUAAGCUCCUGGCUCCGCUUGAGACCUCGGCGGCUCUGGCUUGGAGCCUGGACAGCCCGGGAGCACAGAGGCUGGCGGAUCGCGGGUGAGGCGGUGAGGACAGAGCGCUCCGGAUCCCGCAGGACCAGCCCGGGGGGCGCUGUAGCGGCCGGAGAGUCUUCGGGGUUUGGGACCCCAGCCUGGUGCCUGCCCCCAGCCCCUCCCCGCCCCCCUGCAGUGGAUUUGCAGCAGCUUUGGAGGCUGAAGGAUCAGCUGGGAAGGCUAGCCCACCGCAUCCCCUUGCUGUGUGACCUUGGGCAGGCGGCGCCCUCUCUCUGAGCCUCCGCGUGUGCUCCGGCUCAGCCCCCCCGCCAUGGCCGACGGUCAGAUGCCCUUCUCCUGCCACUACCCCAGCCGCCUGCGCCGGGACCCCUUCCGGGACUCGCCCCUCUCCUCCCGCCUGCUGGACGAUGGCUUUGGCAUGGACCCCUUCCCCGACGACUUGACUGCCCCCUGGCCCGACUGGGCGAUGCCCCGGCUCUCCUCGGCCUGGCCGGGGUCCCUGCGGCCCGGCGCCGUGCCCCGGGUGCCCACGGCCGCCAGCAGGUUCGGGGUGCCCGCGGAUGGCAGGAGCCCCCCGCCCUUCCCCGGGGAGCCCUGGAAGGUGUGUGUCAACGUGCACAGCUUCAAGCCGGAGGAGCUGAUGGUGAAGACCAAGGACAGAUACGUGGAGGUGUCCGGCAAACACGAAGAGAAGCAGCACGAGGGGGGCAUUGUGUCCAAGAACUUCACCAAGAAGAUCCAGCUGCCGGCAGAGGUGGAUCCCGCCACGGUGUUCGCCUCGCUGUCCCCCGAGGGCCUGCUGAUCAUCGAGGCGCCCCAGGUGCCCCCGUACUCCCCGUCCGGGGAGGGCAGCUUCGGCGGCCAGCUUCCUCAUGACGGCCAGGAAGUGCCCUGCACCUGAGACCGUCCCGGCCCGUCCUCGUCACCCCCCCCCCCCCCGACCCCCCGCCCCCCAACCCCCGGCUUCUCUGACUCCAGGGACCUUCGUCAUCACUUUAGCUCAACUCAUAGGCUUAGUGCCACCAAACCGCUGGGGGGCUAGGGUAGUCUGUCCCGUCCCCUACAGAGCGUAGUGCUAGGUGUUUGCACCCGAGGGCGCGAUCGGCAAGUCCUGCUGGGCGGCGUUAGGCCAAAAACGCUGGAAGUGUUUUCCUUUUACUUUUCUGUCUUGAUAAAAACGCUGUCCAUCCAACAGCUGCAGAGCACGCAGCAUCUCGCCUCGCCAGGGCUGCUUUUCUCUGGGGACCUCGCCUCCCCCAGAUUCCUAUUCUGGGCCCCCAUGCUCGUGCCUGGGCCCCCCCCCCCGCUCCCCGGGAGCUCACCCCACUGUGUUUCCGCAGUCCUGGCCUCAGAGGCCACAGCCCGGCUCUCUCCCCGCCGGGAGUUCCCCACCGGCCACAUGGACACAGACCGCCCUCCCCUCGCCUGGCACCCGCCACGAGCUCGCAGGCCCCCGGAGUCCGGAAGCCCCUCCGUUCACCCUCUCCUGAAGUCCCCCUCCUCGUGUCUGUCCCCGUCGGGGUUUACAGAGGGGGCUGUCUCCGGACAGCCCCGCCAGGAACCAAGCAGAGCCAGGCGGCCUGGCGGGCAGGACGCGGUACUGUGCUUGCGGGUGGGAUGACGUGUGUGUCGUUGUUUUCGGAAUUGUGCUGUUCUUUAGGGGAAACAAUAACAGUGAAUAAUAAUAAUAAUAAAGGAGCUGGUGUUCU